UAUUGAGAAUAGUCAGAAUUAACCUAACAGUGUGGACACAGUCACCAUUUUUCUUACUUCAUGUUUCUUUCCCCCCACCUUCUAUGCAGGGGUGAAAUGUUCCUGGGUCGGACUGGAUCAUGCGAUCCGGUAGCGAUCAUGGCUGGUGGUUUGGCGAUCCGGUAGCGGUGGUGGAGCAAAGCUCCGCCUACCCGCCUGAGUGUCAUUACUUCCUGGUUAACCAGGAAGUAAUGUGUUUUUUACCUUCUGUGCAUGUGCAGAAGGUCUGCGCGCGCAUGUGAUGUAUGCAGUAUAUCCACUUCCAAACCGGUAAGGAAGGUAAGUAGAUUUCACCCCUGCUUCAAUGUACUAUCUUUAUCUGUCAUGUGUAAUAUUUGGUGUGAUAUCUUUUGAAUUCCAACUCCCAGUUCUCUUUUCUUCCCCAGCAACUCCCAGUUAGUUUGAGCCUUCUUCUUUUCUGAACAUGAUAAGACAGACAUGCACUCUCCUUCUAGCCUUCUUUUUGCAACCCAGAGUAGGAUUCAGUCUUGGUUGAAUAAUGCUUAUGCCUAAAUUUCAAGUUUAUGCAUUUAAAAAAAAAAAAAACUUUCCGGGGAAAAUUAAAAAAAACCCAUGGAUUUAUUCCUCCAGGAUGCAGCCAUUCCCUAAAGCCAGAAUAUUUGAAUCAUAUUCUGGCUUUAGGGGAGGGCAGUUUGUCAGUUUGGGGCCGGGAUAGCUCAGGCAGUAGAGAAGCCUGUUAUUAGAACACAGAGCCUGCAAUUACUGCAGGUUCGAGCCCGGCCCAAGGUUGACUCAGCCUUCCACCCUUUAUAAGGUAGGUAAAAUGAGGACCCAGAUUGUUGGGGGGGCAAUAAGUUGACUUUGUAAAAAAAUAUAUACAAAUAGAAUGAGACUAUUGCCUUAUACAUUGUAAGCCGCCCUGAGUCUUCGGAGAAGGGCGGGGUAUAAAUGUAAACAAACAAAAAUAAUAUUGAAUUGUCUUCUGAUGGGAGUUGCUUUGCUUUUGCAAAAUACACUACUUGUCCUAUAGGCACUGCUAGUAGGACUACAUUUUGCUCUUUGCAUUACAAUUGUUAUUAGUUCUUUGUAAUUUCAAGUUUAUGAUACUUUUCCCCUUUAAGGUGCACAAAUUGUAUAGCUUCUCCCAAAUAUAACUUCCCAAACAUCUUUAUGUAAGGCCAAACAAUUAUUAACUAGCAUUUGUACUGUUUAGCAGGGCUGCAUUUAAUUCUUGGCAGAAAGCAAGAGACUGCAUACUGCUGCCGUGAUGUAAAGAAUGAGCAAACUAGUGCAACAAAGCAGUAUGCACUGAGAGUAAUCUUCUUAGUAGCAGGGUUGUAAAUAACUCUUGGUGGCAUGCAUACACUUGAACACACACAUAUCCCUGUAGAGGUGUGUCUCCCUCGCACUACAGGCCCACGCCCUUUCCCUCCCAUUCCCUGGGGCUGCCUGUCACCUGACCCACCGACACUUUCAGUUCUUUGUGUUCUGGCCUGGAAGAAAGUCUUGCUUUGAACAUGCCUCAGUUCACCGUAACCAAAGUGGAAGAUGAUGAAGAGGGGAAACCAGAGGGGGAUGGACAGACACCAAGCAGUCCAGGGCGGAUCUGGGAUCCUACUGAAACUGCCAGGGAAGAUGUGAGUCAAACUUCCAUCACAGGGGAACAAUGUCAGCUCUUAGAUCCGGGACACAAGAAGGAUUCCCAUACAUUUCUUAACAAUAUCAACUAUGAAGAAGGCGAUGAAUUCUUUGACAAGAAUUUGGCACUUUUUGAGGAGGAGAUGGAUACCCGACCCAAAGUGUCUUCCCUGCUCAAUCGAAUGGCCAACUAUACCAACUUGAUGCAGGGAGCCCGUGAACAUGAGGAGGCAGAGAAUGUCCAUCCAGGCAAGAAAAAAAUCACCAAGAUUCCACAGAUGGGCACAUUUAUGGGAGUCUAUCUACCUUGCUUGCAGAACAUCUUUGGAGUGAUUCUUUUCUUGCGUCUUACUUGGGUUGUGGGUUCAGCUGGUGUGCUGCAAGCCUUUACCAUUGUCCUUAUUUGCUGUUGCUGUACAUUGCUGACAGCCAUCUCCAUGAGCGCCAUUGCCACUAAUGGAGUAGUUCCUGCUGGAGGAUCGUACUUCAUGAUUUCACGAGCCCUGGGCCCUGAGUUUGGAGGAGCUGUAGGACUCUGCUUCUAUCUUGGCACUACCUUUGCUGCUUCUAUGUACAUCUUGGGGGCUAUUGAAAUCUUCCUGAUGUACAUUGCCCCCAAGGCAGCCAUCUUCCACAGCGAUGAUCCCCUGAAGGAGCCGGCAGCCAUGCUGAACAACAUGCGGGUUUAUGGCUCGGCCUUCCUGCUGCUUAUGGUGCUGGUGGUAUUUGUGGGAGUGCGUUAUGUGAACAAGUUUGCUUCUCUUUUCCUGGCCUGCGUCAUCGUCUCCAUUCUGGCUAUUUACGCUGGUGUCAUCAAGUCCUCCUUUGCACCUCCUGAUUUUCCUGUGUGCAUGUUGGGGAAUCGUUCCCUCUCCCAGCACCAUAUUCAGACAUGUGCCAAGACCAAGGAGUAUGGUAACCUCACCAUACCCACGUUCCUGUGGACACGCUUUUGCAACCAUAGCAGGCUCCUCAAUGCUUCUUGUGAUGAGUAUUUCCAACACAACAAUGUCACUACUAUCCAAGGAAUUCCAGGACUAGCCAGUGGUGUUAUUGCUGAGAAUCUUUGGAGCAGCUACCUGACGAAAGGUGAAAUACUUGAGAAGUCAUCUUUGCACUCGGCUGAUGUAGGAGGAGCUCUGAAUCAGCAAUAUGUCCUGGCUGAUAUCACCACUUCUUUUACCCUUCUUGUGGGUAUAUUUUUCCCUUCUGUCACUGGAAUCAUGGCUGGGUCAAAUCGUUCAGGAGACCUAAAGGAUGCCCAGAAAUCUAUUCCCAUCGGUACCAUCCUGGCUAUUCUCACCACUUCCUUUGUGUAUCUUAGCAACGUAGUGCUGUUUGGGGCAUGCGUAGAAGGCAUUGUACUCAGGGACAAAUUUGGCGACACAGUAAAGGGAAACCUGGUGGUGGGCACCCUCUCCUGGCCAUCCCCUUGGGUGAUUGUCAUUGGUUCGUUCUUCUCCACGUGUGGAGCUGGGCUGCAGAGCCUCACAGGUGCACCCCGGCUACUGCAGGCCAUAGCUAAGGACAACAUCAUACCCUUCCUGCGGGUCUUUGGCCACGGUAAGGCCAACGGGGAGCCCACCUGGGCUUUGCUUCUGACGGCCGGCAUUGCAGAACUUGGGAUCCUGAUUGCAUCCUUGGACAUGGUUGCCCCUAUUCUCUCCAUGUUCUUCCUGAUGUGUUACCUCUUUGUCAACCUAGCCUGCGCCUUACAAACUUUACUACGCACCCCCAAUUGGAGACCACGCUUCCGGUACUACCAUUGGAUACUCUCCUUCAUGGGCAUGAGUAUCUGUGUGGCGCUCAUGUUCAUCUCCUCCUGGUAUUACGCAAUUAUUGCAAUGGUGAUAGCUGGCAUGAUCUACAAAUAUAUCGAGUAUCAUGGGGCUGAGAAGGAAUGGGGCGAUGGCAUCCGUGGCUUAUCACUGAGUGCCGCCCGUUUUGCUUUGCUGCGCCUUGAGGAGGGGCCACCCCACACCAAAAAUUGGAGGCCACAGUUGUUGGUGCUGCUAAAGUUGGAUGAGGAUCUCCACGUGAAGCAUCCACAUCUACUCACCUUUGCUUCUCAGCUGAAAGCUGGCAAAGGGCUCACUAUUGUAGGUUCGGUCAUGGUGGGCAAUUUCCUGGAGAGUUACAGUGAAGCCCUGGCUGCUGAACAGACCAUCAAACAUCUGAUGGAGGCAGAACGCGUGAAAGGCUUCUGCCAGAUCGUGGUGGCUGCCAAGGUGCGAGAGGGCAUCUGCCACCUCAUUCAGUCCUGCGGGCUGGGCGGCAUGAAGCACAACACCGUGGUGAUGGGCUGGCCGAACGCCUGGCGUCAGAGUGAGGAUGCCCGCGCUUGGAAGACUUUCAUUGGCACUGUCCGCGUGACUACAGCUGCCCGCCUGGCGUUGCUGGUGGCAAAGAACGUGGCUUUCUACCCUAGCAACGCAGAGCCUUUUUCCGAGGGCAACAUUGAUGUCUGGUGGAUUGUGCACGACGGAGGAAUGUUGAUGCUCCUCCCCUUCCUUCUCAAGCAGCACAAGGUGUGGCGUAAGUGCAAAAUCCGCAUCUUUACAGUAGCUCAACUGGAGGACAACAGCAUACAGAUGAAAAAGGAUCUAGCCACCUUCCUGUACCACCUUCGUAUUGAGGCAGAGGUGGAAGUCGUUGAGAUGCAUGACAGCGACAUCUCUGCCUACACGUAUGAGCGCACUUUGAUGAUGGAGCAGCGCUCCCAGAUGCUGCGCCAAAUGCGUCUCUCUAAAACAGAACGAGAACGCGAGGCCCAGCUUGUGAAAGACAGGAACUCAAUGUUGCGGCUGACCAGCAUUGGCUCAGAUGAUGAUGAAGAGACUGAGACCUACCAGGAGAAGGUGCACAUGACCUGGACCAAGGACAAAUACAUGGCUUCUCAUGGACACAAACUCAAGACCUUGGAGGGUUUCCAAGAUCUGCUCAACAUGCGUCCGGAUCAGUCCAACGUGCGACGUAUGCACACGGCCGUCAAGCUCAAUGAAGUUAUUGUCAACAAGUCCCACGAGGCUAAGCUUGUGCUGCUAAACAUGCCUGGGCCGCCACGAAACCCUGAAGGCGAUGAAAACUAUAUGGAAUUCCUGGAGGUGCUCACCGAGGGACUGGAACGUGUGCUGCUUGUACGGGGUGGAGGCAGUGAGGUCAUCACCAUCUACUCAUAGAGGAUGGGGGUGGGGAGUCUUCCUCCUGAUGAACUGUGUUCGAAUGGAUACUCGCUUCCUACCUGUUCCCAGGUGCCACUUGGAUCUCCCGAGGAGACCAGCUAUUACCGCCACACCUAUUUGCUUUCAUUUCUCGUGGCAAUUCAGGGUCUUCAAAUAGGGUGUUUUUUCCCCCACUCCCCCCACCUUCAAUGUUUGGAGGAUGGAUAGUUGGCAGCUUCUUCAGCUUCCAUCGAGUUAGGAGCUACACGCUAGAAUCUUCACAAAGCUUGUCGCGAGAGGGAAAUUUAUAGAAAUAGGUAGGAGCUUGCUCUGUCAAACCCUCUCAAGAAAUGUAGGAGCCGCCUCACGAGUAGUAACUCUGCAGGGCAUUUAAGACAAGCAAAAGAUCAGGAAAGGAGUGACGAGGAUCCAUCAGCUGGAACAGCAGGUUUGGCCCAGCUGGAGAAGCUGUUACUUGUCAUUAUCACGUUAAGAGGAACAAGAAGGGAGAGGAGAUAACUGCUGGGUGAUUUAGAAAAAGGGAAACCCAUCCUUCAUUGUGCUGUCUUCUCGUGGUCAGCACCAAAGUCUCUUUGCUUCCCUUCCCACUGAAAUCAAGGCUGCUUAGAAAGUCGGAAGUCACCUGUCAGUGUGUGUGAAUCAGAUACGCCGUUUGCCGACAAGGGGAGAGAAUGGCUGAUCUCCAAGUUAGGGUGGAAGAAGCAUAUUGAUAGGGAAAUCUAUUUUUCCAUCUGGCCUUUGCACUUCUGCUAAGUCGAGGAAACUAGCAACUGCCUUUUCCUCUUUUUAUAGAUAAUUCUGUAGAACCACGGCAGACAGCUGUCAUACUUCGCCCUCACACAUUGAGGAGGGGGAAAAUGAUUUCUAUUCUGAAGAACAGGGUUUUCUGCUUUUCCAAAUUGCCCUCUUGGCUUUUGAAGAGGUCCAUCUCUUCUUUCGAGCUUGGAUAAGAAGAAAAAUUUAAUGCCACGUCUUCUGUGCCAAGCGAGAUUGCCCUCUUUGAUGUCAAGUGACAAGGAUAUACAGCUUGCUUUUAUUAAAUGUUGGGAUGGAGUUUUUUUUCCUUACCUCUACAGAAGCAAACUUAGGGAAAGGUGCUGUUGUCUAUUUUGUCCUAUCUAAUUUCAAUGAUGGAUGUCUCCUUCUCCUGGUACCUCUUGCUCAAGAAUAGAAUACAGGGACCACUCCCUCGGGGUAGCCUUAAAAGACACAUCUCAAGCCUCUCGUUUUAUUUUUUAAAAAGAGAAUUUCACAGACAUCUCUUAUUUUUGGCUGAGACUUCUUAAUUUAUUCAGGGUGCAACCUUGUUUACAUCGCGUCAAAUUUAGGAGUGUGAUUUUUUUUGCUUCUUGAAUUAUGUAAAAGAAUAAACAUUUUAUAUAUAA